AUGAAUGCGCCGCCGAGGACACGGCUUGACCGAUUGCCGGGCUUCCUGAGGGCAUGCGUCCGGCAAGUCCAUUCCAGCCAACGGCAACGGCCGGCCAAGGGGUUCGAGGCCCCCGAAGGCCACGGCGAGAAGAUUUGGGUGUUUAGCCACCGCCGGUCAGACCAAAUCAUCUACAGCUUCAAGGAGAGAUUGGAUGGAUUCCACGACCUCAAGCAACUACCCUUCAAUGGCAAGAAGACGAAGCCCGCCAAGCUUCGCAAGGACUACUGGUCGCCGCUUGCCAUGAUCCGGUUCCCGGCCGGCCAGGGCGCCGUCGGCCGAUCCGUCUUCCAGAAGCUGCGCGAGCUCAAGCACCUGCACGAGGUGGCGUGGACCGACGAGUUCCGAUACAAGCGACCCGACGAAUACACGUCCGCCGACAAGAAGAAGAUUGCGCAGGAAAAGGAGAAGGGCAUCAACUACCGGCCCGUGCGCAGCAAAGAGGAGCGCGCCAUUGCGCUCAACGAGCAAAAGGCGAACGCCAUUGCCGAUAUGGCUGUCGUCUUGGCGGGCCAGGGCGCUGGCAACAAGGUCGUUGCGGGCGAGGCCGAGGAUGGCGGCAGGCAGCUGGUUGAGGUGUCAGUGAGCUGGGCCAACGACCAGGACAAGGGAUUUGCGGAGUCGUGGUCGGCGAACGUCACGCACGACCUGUUUGAGGAGCCGUCAUACUCAUCGGGCGUUGAGUCGACACCUGCGACGGAGGCGAAGGCGGCGUAG